GUUGGAGGCUCCAACAAAAUAAUUCGCGGGCGAAAGAGGGAAGAGUUCGACCGAGAAAGCGAGCUCGGCUCGCCGCAACCAUCGACCUUCGGUGUCAGGAAAGAUCGAGAAAGAUAGAGGCGCUCGAACGGAAAUCGUGAGGCUUGCCGUCGGAAUUCCGUCGCCUUGCUGCUUGUCUCCUCUUCCUUGCGUCGCGCACUUCCCCGACGGGAAGAGAGGAUAUCUGGCUUUGUUUCGUAAUCAAUUCGAUAAAACCGAACCCUAGGAUGCCUGUAGCAUUUGCUGUCAGCUCCUUACCUCUGGUAACCCCAGCAAACCUCAAGGGUCAAUGGAAUGGCCAAAGCAAGCAAAAUGAUAAGCCGGUCAGGAACAUGUUGCACUUCCAACCUUUGAAUGUGAGGAGGCAUCAUAGACUUGUGAUUUCUAGACCAGCGAGGCUUUCCACACAGUUAUUGUCUAAUCCCACAAGAACCCAGUCUCCUGCUAUUGUGUGCUCUGUUGCUCUGAAUGCAAGGUGCUCAGCCUCUGGACAAACUCAAACUGUGCUUAAGCAGUCACCGACAAUUACCCAGGCCCCUGUACGAGAACCAACAAAGACGCCGGAGAUCGAUGAUGGAGGGCCUGGACUUCCACCGGGCGAUGAUGGUGGAGGUGGCGGCGGUGGAGGUGGUGGAGGGAACUGGUCUGGCGGCUUCUUCCUAUUCGGCUUUCUGGCCUUCCUGGGAUUUCUGAAAGACAAUGAGGGCGAAGAUGAGUACGGGGAAGGCAAGAGAAGGCGAAACUAGUCCCGCUCUGGUAAUGGGUAAAUGUGAUUCUUUAUAGAAACUUCAUCCAGUCCAAAAAUAGGAUAUUUCUAUGGAACUUUAACUAUAGAGAGCGUUGGCUUUGUAUUUGCCCGCCUGAAGCAGUAUUCGGUUCCCGCUACUUUGCUCCUUGUAUAAUGUUUACUUGAUAUCAAUUGUUUUUCCUCCCCAACAUAAAUCGAAGAUUGUUCUGGUUCGACCGGACUCGAAAGAAUGCUCGGAAAGGUCACAAACUCAUGCUCGUAACAGAC